AUGUGCAAUAAAUUUAAUUCGUGGAGAGAAAAAUGCUUAGCUACAAUUAAAAACCCAUAGGCAGAAAAUAAUAAAAUUAAUAGCUUAAUCUAAAAGAGGAUAUCUCAACUUAUUUAUUAAAAAAUUUAUGACGAAAAAUCAAGUUAAAUUUAAGUUAAUAGUAACUAAAAAUCUAUUAUAAAUAUUACAAAUCGUAAUAGUAUUUUUAAAAGCGAAGAAAAUAGAUAAAAUAUUCGCUUUUUUACAUAAGAAAAUUAAUAUUAAAAUAUUUAGAGGCUAAAUAAUCCUGCAGCAACUCCUCAUAAAUCUAGAAAAAAUUCAAUAGCUGAUGUUUUAUAAUAAAUAAAAAUGAAUAAGAAAGAUUAAAAUGAAUCAUAAAAUAAACAAAGAAAAGUAAUUUAAGCUGAGCCAAAUAAUGAAAAACCUAUAAAUAUAAUAGAUGACCAAUUUAAUUUUGUAGAAUCAAUAAUCAUUUAAGAUUUUGACAUAGAAUAAUAAGAUACCAAAAUAUCUGAUCAAUCAUAGAUUGAUAUGAAAGCAAAGAAAGAAGCUAUACUAUAAACUAAAAACUAGGAAUUAAAAGAAUAAACUCUGAAGUUACUCAAAGGCUAAAUAGUAUCAGAAAAAGAAUCAAUUAGUUUGUAAAAUGAUUCAGAAUUUGAAGAGUCAAUAGAUAAGAAUUCAAAAGUAGAAUGGUAAGAAUGCAAACUACCAAGUUAAAUUCCAAAAUAAAAUUAAUUUGCUUUUUUUAAACCAAAAAACAAAAAUCCUCUUUAUAAUUGGUUUUAAAGCAUCCAAAAUUUUAACAAAAUUAAUCUAUAGCAGUAAUAAGAAUAAGAAUAAAAGUAAGAUUGCAUAUUUGAGAAAUCUAAAAGAUUAAUUCUUAAUAGAAUUUAGGAUUUAUCUAAUGAAAAAAGAAUGCUUCCUCAAAGUAAUAUUAAGAUUGAUUAAAACAAAUUGUAGAAUAAAUUAUCUAACAUCAAAAGCAACAAUAUUUCAAUGCAUAAAAAUAAUAUGAAUAGUUCGAAUAUUAAAAUUGAUGUUUAAGGCAAUAAUGUGUGUGUUAGAAAAAAAUAAGCAUCUUUAGAUUUUUAAAAUAGAAUAAAAACAAAAACUUAGCAUGAUAUAUCUCCAUACUAGUCCUUUCAUCAAAAAAACGUAUAGAAGAGAUAUGAUUUGUUUAAAAACUAAGAGAGUAAACCAAAGAAUCCUGUUUUAGAAGUGGGAGUUGCUAUAUCUUAGAUCAAAGCUAGUUUAAUUGAAAUGGAAUACAUAAAUAGUACUUCAGAAAGUAAUGAUAUAUAUCAAACUAACAUAACAGAUUAAGUUGACACAAUAAUAGAGGAUGAAAAUAUCUCUAAAAAUUCAGUUCUUUCCUCUUCUCAUAAUUAAUAUUAAUCAUCUUCUUCUUUAUUUAAAAGAUCAUAGUCUUAAAUAAAUUUAAAUUAAAAUUACAUUUCUUAAAAUUAAAAUAUUAAUUAAACUUCAGAGUAAGAAAAAAAAGAGUAAUCAUAAUUAAAAUUUUACAAUACAAGCUAAAUUUUGCUUAAUAUUUCAUCAAUCAAUACUCCAAUGAACAACUCUUUAAUUGAUAAUAGUAGUUAACACUUUAAUUAAUCCAUGUCAAAUUACCCAACAAUUUUAAACAGAAAAUUAGUAAGAAACAAAUCAUUUUAGUUAAAUAACUAAUAGAAAAAAAUUGAUUUUAAAGUAGUUUCUCCUAAAACCUCUGUUUUUUAAAGAAGCAAAAAUUAAUAAAAUUUUACAGAUACUUUAAAUGAUUAAUAAAUUAUAUAAAAGCUAAAUACAGUAGGAUCAACACCAAAAAAAAGCCUGAUUUAAUCAGAAUAAAGUAGCUCUUUAUAUACUAGUCAAAGAAGUAAAGCAUUAUCUGUAGCUGCUCUUUAAGAUUAGACAAAUAUUGUUUGCCACUACCUUACUAAUUCAUACUAAUCAAAAUAAAUUCAAAAAAUUCCUCUAAGUGAUAAACCAAAUCUUAUGAAUAUUUAUUUAAAAAAUAACCUAAGCUAACCUGGUUCUCAUAUAAGACCGAAGUCUUAAUCAUAAAAUAUUAACAUACCGUUAUUUGAUAGUACUUAUGGAUAAGAAAUUACAAUGAGAGAUAGAACAAAAACUUAGAAUUUAGUAAAAUACCUUCACUAGCAGCAAGAUUUAAAGAAAGAGCAAGAUAUUUAAAAAAUAAUUUAAGAAAAAAGACAAAAGUUGCUAAAUAUUAAAAAUAGAAUUAAAAAUGCAUUAAUUACCUAAAAGAUAAAAAAACUGAAAAAUAUUAUUGAAAUAGAAACUUUAACUCACGAAGAAAAGACAUUUAAGCUAUUCUAAGAGCAGUUAGAAAAACUAAAAGAAUAGAAAUAAAAUUUAGAAUUAAAUUUUGGCAACAUUCCUAACAUAAAAAAAAUAAAAUUAGAAGGAGAUUCCUAUAAAAAUGAAAAAGACUUAAGUUGUUCUCAUCCUAAAAUUAAGCUUUUUUUAAGAAAAUAAGGUUUGACAAAUUAGCUAUUUUAUUGUAAGGAUUAAGAAACUGUAGAAUAAUCGCCAACAUAAGAAGAAGAAAUUAAUUUCAGUGAUUCUUCGAGUAUGAGUAAUAGUGAUGAAAGUUCAUCUAGUUAAGAUGACGAUGACGAUGAUGACACAAAUCCGGUAUAAAAUUUACAGGUAAUAUAAAAAGAUACUUAAAAAAGAAGAUUUGGGUUGAUGAAAUAAAAUAAUGAUAGUAAAAUGCUGAAGCUGUUCUAUUCUAUAAGUUUAGUAUCUUUGUUUAUUAAGAAACUAUUAAGGUAGUAUAGAAAUAAUAUCUAAGUAGUUUAGUAAAAGCGCUAGAGUUUAAAAGAUAACAUCAUGAUGUAUUUCGAAGAUGAAGAUAAUUAAUAGAAAUAAUAAAAUAAAUUAGAGAAAAGUUAGAGACAACAAAGUAAAAUUGAUAAUUAAAUUUAAUCAAAAUAAAACCUAUCAAAUCACAGUAUAAAAGCUAGAAGAGAAUCUUUAAUAUCAAAUUAGCAAAUUAAAUAAGAUUUAAACUAAUAAUAAAAGUUAAAAACAAAUGUAUUUCAAAUAUUGACUAACCUGAAAAAAUUUAUCAAUAAGUUAUUCUAUAAAAUAUCAGGGUAUAAUUACCCUUCUCAUAACUUCAAAUUGAUAAAAAUUUAUCCUCCUUUUAAAUUCUACUAUCGUUAGAAUAGCUGGAUAGUGAAGUUUUAAUAAAAGCCAAGAGAAGGUAUUGAAAUAAAAUCAUAAAAAUGGAGAUUUUUUAUACCAACGAAUUUCUAUGAGUCGAGAGAAUAUUUGGGCUAAAGUGGAGGUGAAAAAACAUCUACUAUAUGGUCAUAUGCUUUGAGAAUAUUUAUUCUAUACUUAAACUAAUUAAACUUAAAACUAUCAUUUAGUGUUGUGCAAAGAUAGUAUGAUUUAACUCAAUAGCAUCCAACCAACAAUAAUCUGGUUAAUAAAUCUUUUUUAUUUUGUGUAAAUGAAAAAAUAGCAGAAAGUGUAACUGAGACAGAUUAAUAUUACAUAGGGCUUUUUAAAUUUACAUUUGAGAUUUUUAUCAACUAUUUUUGUUAUUAGACAGCAAAGCCAACAGGUAAAUCAAUUGAUUUUUCACAGUAAGAUAGCUUUAAUAGCUACCUAAGUCGUUUUGGAUUUAAGUAACUGGCAAGAAAUUCGUUUUAAUUGAGAAGGUAGGCAUCAAUUACUUACCUUAAAAGUGCUCAAAAUUCAACGCGUAAAAAACCAAGUGUUGUCUUGGUCAAUCAUGAAAAAUUUCUUAGAUUAGAAUAAGAGAGAAUCUUUAUUAAACAGCAAUAUCACUAAAGCUUUCUAAAAAAAAUUGAAAGCAUGAGAAAAAAUCUUCAUCAUGUGUCAUGUUUUAUUGCUAAAUAGCAUAAAAAUUUUUACUAAAUAAACUGUUAAAUAAGUAUUGGAACCUAAGUUCACUAAAUUGAAAGCUUUGAUAAAUUAAAUAUUAAUGAUAUAACUUUUUUGAUAAGUGCUAAAAAUAUGAAGCGCUUAUAAUCUAUCAAUACAAUUAAUUUACCUAUUUAAACGUUCACAGAAGAAGGAGUUCAUCCACGUUAUAUUUUAUAAGAAGUCAAAAAGUGGAUUAUAAAUGGUUAUUUCAGUAAAAGAUUUCUAAGGCUAAUUAUGUAGAUUAUUGAAAAGAGAUCUUUUAUUUAAAGAAAUACAUAGCUUAAGGAAAAAUUGCUCCUCAACUCUUUGAUGUGGGAGACAAUCUACAUGGUGAAUUCUAUAGAGUAGAUAUUCAAUGUUCAGAUAAGUUAUAAAUAGAUUUAUGAAAUAGAAGAUACUUUACUAUGCCAAGAAAAAAAUUAAUUAACAAAAAUAUCUUAGUACAAAGAAGAUAUAAAUGAAGAUAAGGAUAUUUGCAUAACAUAAAUGUCAAAAACUACCAAUGAAUAAUAACAAUUUUAUAGUUUAGCAUAACUGAUCAAGCAAAAAAUAGCAAAUAAAGAUGAAAAAAAAGCUCAACUGCUCUAGAUUUUAGGGAAAAAAUCAAAUAAGAACUCACCUAGUGAAACUUAAAUAGAAGAAGAGCAGGCAAGUAUAAUAACUAAGUACAAUAAUAGUGUAAAGAUGUCAAUAAAACCAGAUUCACCUCUUGUGGAUAUAGUUAAAUAAGUUUUGGAUAGUAGUUAAAGCAUUAUAAAUACCAAAAGAUCUGUUGUUUGCAGUCCUACAUAAAAGUUUUCAAUAUUAGAAGAUAGAAAGAAUAGUAGUUUCAGUAGUUCCCUGAACAGUUCUUUCGAUAUGAAUAAUAUUUCUUUUUGCCCUUCAGAGUAAAAUACUCCUAGAUCAAAGUUUAGCCCAUAAAUUAGAAAUAGCAAAUAAAUUUCUUACUAGCUUAAUCUUUAAAGAGCGCUUAGUAUUGAUUUUAGCUCAUAUCUCAAUGAAAAGCAAUAAAGACCAUCUUAAUUCAUUUCUAAAUUAAAAAAAAAUUCCAUAAAUUAAGAUUAAUAAAAAAUUUAAAACACAGAUAGGUACAGUAAUUUUAAAGAAAUAAAAAAAUAAUCAAACUUUAGUUAAGCUUCAAGGUAAUAAACAAUUCUAAAAGAUGAUUUUAAAAAGCUAUUUUAUUUUUACUAAUUGAGAUCUAUUGAUCAAUUGUUUUGUCUUUCUCUACUUCCCGAUAACAAAGUAGUUUUUUAAUAACUGGAAGCUAGAAAAAAUACUCCAGUACAUCUUGAAAUCGAUAUAGGUUCUCAUAUAAAUUUUUUAAAAUUAUUAUCAUAGCUUUUUAACACAGAAAACAAAAUAUUGAAAAAAUAUUUCCUUGAAUUUGCUACAUAAAAAAUGAAAAAAAAAUACAAGAACUUAUAGCCGAAAUAAUUUUUUCAAAAACACAUUAAAAACAAUAACCUAUUAUAAAUAAAUAUGACCAAAGAAUGUGCUUUACAAUUAGAUCUUAUUCAUACAAUUAAAAUGAGUAUAUUAGUAAGCAGUAAACUACUAUUUUCAAAAUUUAUUCAUAUCAAUAAUUGUUUUGCAAUGAAUGUAAAGGGAUUUGGUAGAAGUAUCAUUGAUUUACAUAUAUUUAUGCCAAUCGAAGAAAAAAACAUUCUAUGCAAAAUAAUUUUUGGAUAUUAGGAUUUAAUGUUAAUUAAUUAAGAAGUUCUUCAUUAUUUAAUGCAAGACUUUAGUAUAAAGUAUUAAAAAAUAAUGGUUCAAACAAUCCUAUAGAAAUUAGAGGUUAUUUCAACACCAUUAGGCUAACAAGUUAUAAUUAGGUAUUUGCAUCAUUAAUCAAUAAAAAAAAGGGCUGCUUUAUUUGGAUAAGACUCUAAAUAGUUUUUCAGAAAUAGCAGCAAUACUUAUAAAAACGAAUAAAAUCAAAACAUUGAUAUAAAAUUAGAAAAGCUUACUUUCUUUAAGAAUUUCUUUGAAAGAUAUGCUUUUUAGAGAGAUUUUUCUCGGAUUUAACCUUUUGAUAAUUAUAUUCAUUUCUUUAAUAGAGUUGAAAAUAACACCUCCUCAAUUGUAUUUCCUAGUAAAUUCUAAAAGUUAUAGAUAGUAAAAGAAAGAGAACAACCAAAAUAAAAUUAUUGUUUGAGUAAAUCUCAUAAAAAGUUUUAGAAAGUGGUUAAAAAUUACAUUUAGAAAUUAAAAAAAACAUCAAAAAGUAGAAAAAGUUCUAUCAGCAAUAAAUUAGAUUAUGACCAGCAACUGGAAUAUUUAAAAUAAAUCACAGAAUAGCAAGAUAACUUAUUUUAAGACUUUAAAUUUAAUGCAACAUAUACAAAUAUCAAUAGAUUUAUAGAAUUUUAUUUAUGGACAUCUGCAUUUUCAUAAAAUUUCUUUGCUAUCCAGAGAGAAUAAUGCACAUUAUGGUUCUAUACUUUAAAUUUGAAAGAAGUGUUUUUUUCAAAUUUACUUAGACUAAACAAUUAAAAAGUAUUUAAUUUAGACAUCGAAAUAAACUUUAAAGAUUUUUUGCAAAAAUCAGAAGCUUAAAAGAAUAAAAAUUUAAUUUAAAAAAAUGUAAACCUAGUUAGCAGAAAAAAAGAUUUCAUUAUGACAAAGAACAGUGAUGUUAUAAAUUAUAGAGAUACUGCCUAACUUAAUUUUUUUAUAUCUUUAAGAAGUAUUAACAUGCAAAUAGAUUAAAUACUUGAAUUAAAUUUCCGUGAAAUACUUAAUAUUUUUAUCGGAGAGGGUUAUUUCUAUGACCAAAGCAGCUAUUAAAAUGCAUAACUAAAUUACUCAGAUAUACGGAUGAUAAGCUAUUUCAUAUUUUAAAAAUUCUAAACUGGUAACUUUGUAGAUCUAAUCGAUGACGAAAAUUCUAAUACCUCAGGAAUGUUUUCAUAAGCAAGGAAUAGUUUAGCUACUGAUAUGAGAAAAACUAUUAAAAAUAAUAUGGCAUUAGAAAGCAUAUUUAUUCAUCCUAUCAUAAAAAUUAAAUAGUGGAUAGACAUGAAAAAAAGGCUAUACUUAAGUGCAUUAUAUUAUACAAGAGAUAAAAGUUUUAAGUUUAUCAUUUCAAAAUUAGGAACAAGAGAUUCCAUAACAAUUUAUAAAGAAAUAAAAAACAUAGAAAAAGAAAUUGGCUAUAUAAAUAUCAUUUUGUCUGAAAAAUCAAUAUAAAAAGAUAUUUUAAAAAGACUAAUCAAAUUAUAUACUCCACAGUUGGUAGAUUAGUUUAAUGAGUGUUAUAAUUGA